UUCCAGGAGCUCUUAGAACAGCCCAGCGCCAGCUCUAUAUGAAGAUGAAUAUUCGACCCCUUGAUUGACGGCUUCUUAAGUCUCAACGAUCGGAAGCCUGCAUUUGCUUCGCAUCACCUGUCGCAGCUUGUCUCACGAUCUACAGCGUACCGGACGAGGCGAAUUGACAAACCGCGUCUACCUGCAUACUACAAUCGUUGUUUAUUAUUGUUCACAAAUACAUAAUGCUGCUCACUGGCUGGACUGCGAAAUGCUGGAUAUGCGCCGUGAUUUACCUCUUCCUCAUCCUGACCAGACAGGCGACGAGCGAGCCCAUCACCUCAAACUUCGAACAACGUUCUAGAGAAGACACGGAGAUUACAGACGCAGUAUGCUCUUUUAAGGACUGGAGAGAGGUACAGGCGGGAGUCUUUCGACUACCCACAUGUACAGAGACGCGAUGGGAGUCCCGCGCAAGAACGGCGGUUCAUGGGAAUGCGACAACUAUAGAUCGAAGACAGCAGACGCCAACUGCUUCUAUCGAAUCCUCUGUUUCUGCUAGCAGUACGGCCGUUCCUACAACCGACCAACCGAACGAUCAAGAACUCGACACUGACUCGCCGCUUGACAAUGCGAAUUUCUUAUCGUUCGAGGACUGGAAGAAACAGAAUCUCGCCAAGGUUGGCCAAUCAAUCGAGAAUGUCAGUGGUAACAGGCGAGCGACGGCCGCGACAAAGGGAGACAGGCGGCGGCCUACAGGGAUUAACAAUGCGUUGGAUUCUUUCGGAGAUGAAGCGGAAAUCGAACUUGACUUCGGUGGAUUUGGUGCUGAACCCCCGACUACCGCGAAACCUACGUCAUGGGGGAUGAAUGAUCCUUCCCAGGACCCUUCAAAUAUCAAAAAUGGCGACGGAAGGUUUGCGGCAGGUUCGCCUUCUCAAGGCGUGGAGUGGACAGGCACAUCACGUAGACACGACGCUGGCACCACCUGCAAGGAAAGAUUCAAUUACGCCUCGUUUGACUGCGCUGCUACCGUCUUAAAGACCAAUCCUGAGUGCAAGGGCUCAUCGUCGGUCCUGGUCGAGAACAAAGAUAGCUAUAUGCUCAACGAAUGUCGGGCCCAGAACAAAUUUCUCAUCCUGGAACUAUGUGAUGAUAUCCUGGUCGAUACGGUUGUCCUUGCGAACUACGAGUUCUUCAGCUCCAUAUUUCGUACCUUCAGGGUCAGUGUUUCUGACCGUUACCCAGCGAAGCCUGAUCAGUGGAAGGAACUUGGUGUUUACGAGGGAAGGAAUACGCGCGAGGUUCAAGCCUUUGCUGUCGAGAACCCUCUUAUCUGGGCCCGUUACCUCAAGAUUGAGUUUCUGACACACUAUGGAUCCGAGUUUUACUGCCCGCUCAGUCUUAUCCGAGUGCAUGGGACUACAAUGAUGGAGGAAUAUAAGCAUGACUGGGACGGCAGUCGAAUUGAUGAAGUACUUGGUGAGACGACUGCCGAACCUAGCUAUGUGGCGGUCGAAAAUGAAACAGAGCAGGUCUUGGACCCUCCGACCGUUGAAGUGAAGCAAACAGUCGAAACAGAAGAGAAAGAUGAAGAUGUACACGCCCCGAUCGAGACGUCUCCCAACCCACAAGCAGAAAUUGAGAUAGCUUUGUUUGAAGGCCGUGUUGAAAUCCCAGACCUUUGUCCUGUUAUUGAAGUGCCACCUGUUGUAACUGGAUCUGGCAGUUUCACUGGGUCUGUACAAACUCAAGUGGCGGCAGCUAACGCUACCAUCAUUAGUGGGGAGAGUUAUUCCUCUGUACAGCCUUCAGCUGUUGUUGGAUCGUCGAAAGAAACGGGUGACGUCCAGAAAACUGUUGAACCUGCCACGGUCAAUGCCACGUCAGCAAAGCAGACAGAUUCGGCAUCUAUCGAACGAAAUGCGACUGCUGAGACUGAAACAAAGCCGAGCAUUGUUCCAAAGGAAGAGCAAAUUUCUACCCCGGAGUCAAUCAGGCCAACUGUCACACAACCGCCUUCCCCAAACCCAACCACCCAAGAAUCCUUUUUUAAGUCCGUGAACAAGCGGUUACAGAUGCUCGAGUCGAAUUCCACCCUAUCGCUUCUGUACAUUGAGGAGCAGUCACGCAUAUUACGUGACGCAUUCAGCAAAGUUGAGAAACGACAGCUUGCAAAGACAAUAUCAUUUCUGGAGAACUUGAAUACGACUGUUCGAAGCGAGUUGAAGCAGUUCCGUCAGCAAUACGAGGAAGUAUGGAAGUCGGUUGCUUCCGAAUUUGAUCAUCAAAAUAUCCAAUACCACCAAGAGAUCUACUCCCUAAGUAGACAAAUGAGCGUACUAGCUGAUGAACUCGUUUUUCAAAAGCGUGUUUCCGUGGUCCAAAGUGUCAUGGUCCUCUUCUGCUUUGGCCUGGUCCUUUUCUCUCGCGGACCAGUCAGUAGCUAUCUCGAAUUACCCAGUGUCCAGAACAUGGUUUCUCGGUCAUAUGGUCUGAGAGCAUCGUCCCCGAUUUUUGCCUCACGAUCUCCAAGCCCGAGCUCACCAAGGGCGGCGCCUGCUUACCAUGAGGACAGUGGCCACAGGCGGAAUAUUUCUAGUGACUCACAGGCCACCGACUUUUCUAGUCCCUCACCGACAACCGCAUAUGAUCCGCGGACCCCGACAUCAGAUGGCUCCAGUGGAUCGCCGCUGGCAGAGAAUAUGGGGCAGCCGGAGAUGGAGACAGAGCCUAUCAUGAUACCAGUUUCCAGGACGGAAAGUAGCCCUGCUGUCUUGACUACGACUAGCGAUGACACCGACGAGGAUGAGGUUUUACAAUCAUCGAAAGAAGAAUAAUCCAACGCUUCUCAGUCUUGUGGGGAGUCGCCCCUCCAAAAAUCGCGCUAUAUGGGAAGCUGUACCCUGUACCCUGUCCACUGACCGAUCUGCUGGAAGGAUUCGGUUGCUUGGACCUGGGACCAUUCUCUCGCCCGAACAUCAUGUUUGACUUGUGUGCAUGGCAUUCUACAGUGUCAAGCCAUCCGUACACUUUUACGCAUUUAGCCUCAAGGCAACAGGAAGCCUGACUUGGCGACAUUCCGUUGGAGUUGGGGCUGUUGUGGAGAGCUCGCAUCUACCACGUAGCAUCGUGGCAUUAUCAGAAGAUCAUCAUGAUCUGUGAUACCCAGUAUUAUUUUCACUGCCUUUUUUUCUGCUUUUCUUUAUUUCUUUUUUGGGACAGGGACUCGCAUAUUUGCAUUUUCCCCAUGUAUACAUGCAUAGAUUAGAACCUACUUCGGCAACGAACUCUGUAAAUAAUUGUGUAGUGAUAGUUCAUAAUGUCAGCCAAAGAUGAUGAUGGAG